ACUCCUCCUCUCUUCCUUCUCCCAUCGCUGUCCUCGUCCCCACGGGAUGGACCGAACAUCCAUCUGGGCUCGUCCUUUCUUUGUUUCAUUGUUUUGGAUGACCUAGCUUGCUUGGGCGGAUUGGUCGCUUUGUUCUGCGGAAUCUUUUCUUUGCUCUGGUACACUCAAGAUUGAAGCCUUACAGUGUACCCAGCAAACAUAAUUGAUAUGGCGUUAUUACAGUGUGGAGGUUCCUUGGUUCCUACACUCAGUGAAAAACCUCGGUUGCUACCAAGGUCACCUGCAGGUGCAAGGGCUACCCAUGCUGAUGGAGGAUUCCUGGCCCCCAAAAAUGGUACAAGAGGCAGAGGUAAACACCUGGUACCAGCUAGUUAUAGUUUGCAUUCACAGACUCCUUGUGAACAACUAAACCAUGUACCAUCAUCAAGAUUUUGUAAUAGAAGAGGUUCACGUUUCGUCGUCAGAGCUGAAGCUGAUUUCUAUUCCAUACUUGGUGUCUCAAGAAAUGCUAGUAAAUCUGAAAUUAAGAACGCUUAUCGGAAGCUUGCUAGGAGCUAUCAUCCUGAUGUGAACAAAGAUCCUGGUGCUGAACAAAAAUUCAAGGAGAUCAGCAAUGCUUAUGAGGUUUUGUCUGAUGAUGAGAAGCGAGUGAUCUAUGAUAAAUAUGGAGAAGCCGGUCUGAAGGGUGCUGGCAUGGGAACAGGAGAUUACUCAAACCCAUUCGAUCUCUUUGAGUCACUGUUUGAAGGGUUUGGUGGAAUGGGUGGAAUGGGUGGCCGUGCUGCUCGGAACAGGCCAAUGCAGGGUGAUGAUGAGGCCUAUAAUCUGGUACUCAAUUUCAAGGAAGCAGUGUUUGGUGUAGAGAAAGAAAUUGAGAUAACCAGGCUUGAAGGCUGUAAUACAUGUGAUGGAAGUGGCGCCAAGCCUGGCACAAAGCCAACCACGUGUAAAACUUGUGGAGGUCAGGGCCAGGUGGUGUCCUCCACAAGAACACCACUUGGAAUAUUCCAACAGGUCUCCACCUGCAAUACUUGUGGUGGCACUGGUGAAUUUUCCACCCCUUGCAAUACAUGUGGGGGUGAUGGCCGAGUGCGAAAGUCAAAGAGGAUCAGUCUGAAGGUUCCUGCUGGAGUGGAUUCUGGAAGCAGGUUGAGAGUCCGGUCCGAGGGUAAUGCUGGCCAAAGAGGUGGCCCACCUGGAGACCUUUAUGUCUUCAUUGAUGUUCUCUCUGAUCCUGUUCUUAAGCGAGAUGGGACAGACAUUAUCUACACAUGCAAGGUUUCUUACAUUGACGCAAUCCUUGGGACAACCGUCAAAGUCCCCACUGUUGAUUGGAUGGUUGACCUGAAGAUACCCUCAGGGACCCAGCCAGGCACAACACUGGUGAUGUCUAAGAAAGGUGUUCCGCUUCUUGGGAAGUCCAAUGCUCGUGGAGACCAGCUGGUGCGUGUCCAGGUUGAGAUUCCAAAACGUCUGAGCAGCGAUGAGAGGAAAUUGAUCGAAGAGCUUGCAAACCUCAACAAGGCUCAAACGGCAAACAGCAGGAGAUAAUAAUCCCACAAGGCUUGGUGAGACACUGUGCUUGUGCGAAAAGCAAUUUUGAUGCAAACUGCAGUGACAAAGAAGCGAGCAUGAAAGAGGUAAACGGUAUUACAAAUACGCACAUUCGGUGUGCAGUGCACUGAAGGGAAAUGUGAAAUGCAACCUCAUUUUAAGCCAUAGAAAGCUAUGUCACUGCAUGCAAAACACCAAAUGGAUUGUGGACGUUUUGCAAUAGCGUUAUCAUAUGCAUCAGGCGAGUUUAUUAGUCAUUUUUUAUUAUACGGUUUUUGUAUUCUUGAAAGGCUUAGGGUGAAUGUUUGAUGGUGGUAACAGGCAAGACUUUAACAUCUCUGUUGCAGAAAUGUUGCAGCAUUCGGAGUAUUUUGCAAGCUGUAACUUGGAAAUGUGACUCUAGUUUUUGUGUUGUGUUUCAUUGGGAAUUCAAAUGGUUAGCCUUUAACUUU